AUGUCUAGGACCCCCACCCAGAGUCCUGAGCCCACGUCUAGACCCAAACCCAGACCCUCGAGCCAGACCCUCUGCCCCCACUCCGGCCCUAUCUCAACCCCGUCCCCAGCCCAUGGCCCAAACCCUCCCCAUGUCUCAGGCUCUCAUUCCAGCCCCAGCCCACAGCCCAUGUCUCAGACCCUCACCCCAGCCUUCAAGCCCUUACUCAGCCCCUCACCCAGAUCCCCGGACCUCAGAACCCCAGGCCCCCCACCCACCGGCCCGGCCCCCUCCCCGCGUGUCGACGUCGCGGUCAGCCCCUACGUGUUCCUCGCUACCAGAGGCGACCGCAGGGCGACCCGAAUAAGGGCGCGACGAGGGAUAAGGGUAUAUAAAGUUAACAGCCCCGAGACAAAGGACGUUGUGCCCAGCCUCUCCGGGAGGGACCAGGGAGUCUAUAGUCCUAAGAUCAACAAAGGGAAACAGGGAGCAUUCUUGAAUAGAAAUGGCGGCCGGAUUACACGCAAGAGCGGAGUGGAUAUGACUUAUGAAGGAAGGAAUGUCCCGCGCCCGUCCGCCGCCCGACGGGAAGGGUCCGCGGGCGAGGCGGAAAGGAGGCGCCCACCUUUCACGGGCGGAUCAUCUCAGAGGCAAACGCCCCGCGAGAGAGUUUUUUCUUUGUUAGUUCAGGCUUCAUGA